UCUGACCAUGGCUACGGCUCAUCUAGACACGAUUGGUCUUCAAAAAAUAAAGCGAGAUCUGCCCUUAUAUCAUCCACAAAAGUUGGGAAAGAUGGGGACUCAAAAACUGGAGAAGAUCGUCCAUCAGGCACCAAAGUGAAAUCCGACCGCGACGAACAAUCCUGUAUGGACGAUCGACCACAGGAUACCUUGAAAGCAUAUGAGAGCGGAGCGUGUAACACCAGAUAUGACCCGAAAGAGGAUACAGAAGUUAAAAAAGUCUGUGAUAAUACGGCAGUGACGACAGAAUUUGUAGAAGGUGCAGAGUUGCGGCCUCACAAUGAAGUCAUCAAGUUGCAGAAUCAGUCAAAUCUCAAUUUUACUUCAAAAGGUACCGGUCCAAAUUUGAUCGGUAAUAAAAACACCGUCGUGUUUAAUAUCAGUGGGGAUACAAAUAUCGGAGAAGACCGGCCACCACAUACCACAGUAAAAUCCGACAGCGACGAACAUUCCUGUAGGAACGAGCGGUCACAGUUUACCUUAGAAAUGUCUGAUCGAAGUGAUGAUCUACCUAGUAAUAACCAGAAACAGUUUACCAAACCGACAACUGAUCCUGGCCUUAGUUCAUCAAGAGUUAGUCAGGCGCCAUGUUCCACCGGGACUGAGGACAACAGUAAUUAUACAAUUAUAUAUGACCGUAAAGGCGAGACCAUGGAAAAGCCGGAUCGCAGUGACGACUCGUCUAGUCAAGACGUGCAAUCUGAUACUAAAACAGCAUGUGAACAUGGCUAUAAUUCAUCAUCACAGAAUACCAUAGAAACAUUUGAAAGUGGAGCGUGUCAUACUAGAAAUGGCCAGACAGAGGAUACAAGGGUUAAAAAUGUCUGUGAUAAUACGACAGUUUCAGAGGUUGACGAAGGUGCUGUAUUGCGGCCUCACAAUGAACUCAUCCAGUUGCAGAAUCAGUCGAAUCUCCAUUUCACUUCAAAAGGCGCCGGUCCAAAUGUGAUCGGUAAUAACACCACAUUCAUAUACAAUGUCAAUGAUAAUGACGAAGUGAACACAGAUAACCAGCGUUGGAUAAAGGAACAAAGACAAAUGAUGAAGGAUUUUCUAUGUGAUAUAUCAGCGGGACACCAACAGAGGAUGAAAGAACACGAGGAAAUGAUGAUGUCAUCUAUCAAAAAAAACGAAAACGUGGAUCUGACUGAACAACAAAACAUAAUUGGUCAGACAGAGAACUGGAUACAGGAACAACGAACUGCGUCUGAUUUUGUAACGACGAAGGCAUAUGCAGUUGCUAAAGAGAAAAUCAAAGAGAAAAGGUUUGUGGUUAUAAGGGGAGAUUCCGGUGCGGGGAAGACCCGCUUAGCCAUUCAACUGUUAGACUGGCUUCAUUCUCGUGAAGAAAAACAAAGGAAGAAACCACUACGUCUUCCAAGCCUUCAGAGCUGGGAUAAGGUUAUUUCGGCAAAUACAAAACUUGCCAUUUUAUUAGAUGAUCUGUUAGGCUAUAGCUCUGAUGUAUCAAAAGAUUUGACAUGGUGGAAACAGCAUGCGGACGUGAUCAAAUCAAUCGUAGUGGGGCAAGAAUCAGCGAACUGUUUGAUUAUUACAUUGAGAAAUGACAUAUAUCAUGAAUACAAAUCUAAGUUUAGGGGGCUAUCAUUGUUUGAUGAGGAAAAUGUCAUUGAUAUCAGCUCUCCUGAAUUCAUUAUAAAAGAAGAAAGGGAAAGUUUGGUCAAUGUUUAUACAUCGAAAAUUCAUAAUUUCGAACCAUUCUCAGAAAGUGAGAUCAGUGAAAUCAUUCAUUCUUCACCACCGAUAGGAUUUCCUGAAUGUUGUCGUAUCUUUCAAAUGACCCCAGAGUUGCAUUCAGAAGGAGUAGGAUAUUUCAGAAAGCCAUUACAAAGCAUUAAGACCGUUAUCAAGGAUAAAUUUAACGUAGCGAAACAAACAGCGCUGUUGUACCUUUUAUUAUCCAGAGAACCUGUCUCUACAAAACGACUUGAUUUUGAAAAUGAAUGCUUUGACGAAGAAGGGGUAUCACAUGUAUUUAGAGUCUCUUCUGAUGUCUUUCCUCAUUCAGAUCAAAAUACUGAAUCCAAUACAACACAACCUCGGUGCAUACGGCAAGGUCUUGAUGUUUUACAUGGUUCAUUUGUGAGUAAAGUAAACGGUAUAUAUAGCUUUUUCCAUGACUCAAUACGAGAUACUAUUGCUAUUCUCUAUGGAGAAGAGAAACCUAGCGGUUUCCUAAAAUAUUGUCCAAGCAGUUGUUUGCAUUACGUAGUAACAAAUAAAUGCAAAGACGUUCUGAUGAAAGUAGAGAUAGAAGAAGAUAUUUAUGAUAUCGCUUACCAACGAAUAGUAAAGGAACUUCAAUCAAAGCAACACUCAAGUUACCUUGCGGUAGCGUCCAUGUCCUUCUUAUGGAAUGAUCGCGCAUUUCUCUCUAGAUUUUUUCAGUGGUUCAAUUCAAACGGAUACUUGUCAGAAGAUUACUUUUUUAGGUGGGAAACAAACAUGCCGUUACUAAUUCCUUCGGAUUUAAAGCCAGGAAUGCUAACUCCUCUUGACAUUGAAGAUAUUAUAGAGGAAAACCCUAGUUGUUUUCUGAUCUAUGCCGCGAAAGUGAAUUCAUUUCAUCUGUUUCGCAACCUAGUUGAUAAUUUGAAGAUAGAACAAUUAACCAACCACAUGAAAUAUGCACUUGACGUAGCAAUCGCAGAAGGAAAUAUUGAAUGUUCUGCAUAUCUCCUUAACAAGAACAUACAGCCUGAUAUUAAGUCAUGUUAUUGUGCCGCACGUGGCGGAAAGAUCGAGGGUAUGAGGAUGUUAGCUAAAUCAAUAUCACCACUUACUAACGGGGAAAAAUUUGAUAUAUUAUGUACUGCCUGCGUUUAUGAACGAUAUGAGAUAUGUGCAUAUCUUUUAAAAUUAUUUCCAGUCUUAUUGUCACAAAAGGACGGAGCUGACCGGCAUUUGUUACACGUUUUCGCAGAAUCUUCAUCCAUUCAAUGUUUUCAGUUAGUAGCAAAUUUAGUCACGCAAGACUGUCAGGGAAAGGAACAGAAGGAUCUAUGCAUUAGAACAUUGAAAGAUAACCUCGGCCGUACCGUUUUACAUAGUGCAUAUCUAAAUGUUAAUCGGCAGAUGAUGUUAUACCUGAUGAAGCAAUAUCCCUUUCUAUUAACACAAAAAGAUUCCAACGGUGUUCAUUGUCUGAUGCUUAUUCUUUCGCAUUUUAAGCUAGGUAUACUAACAGCGAAGGACAUUGAAAGCGUAAUAAAGAGUAUUUAUAAGGACAAAAUGAUGGAAUCGCUGAUUGACGAGGAUGGUAACACAGUUUUACAUUUGGCGUGCUUGUAUGGAUUUGCAGAGUUAUGCAUCAAGCUAAUACCAGCGUGUCGGUCUUUACUGUCAUAUAAAAAUAACAACGGUGAUCACUGUCUCCAUUUGAUUGCCUCAAGUGGAAAUGUAACAUGUUUCGAAUCACUAAUUGCAUGUGGUCGUCACUCUCUCCAUUUGAUUGCACAAUCCGGAAAGAUAGAAUGCUUUCGAUCAAUAGUUCCCUUAGCUCUUAAAGAUCAAUCAAAAACAGAAAGUGAGCAUUUCAUGACGACACUUGUGGACGUAAACGCUUCUACAGUUUUACAUCACGCAUGUGCAACUGGACAAACAGAUAUGUGCUUGUACUUGAUCAGAGAAUAUCCUGAAUUGUUUAAUCAAAACGACCGAUGUGGUCGUCACUCUCUCCAUUUGAUUGCACAAUCCGGCAAGAUAGAAUGCUUUCGAUCAAUAGUUUCCUUAGCUCUUAAAGAUAAAUCAAAAACAGAAAGGGAGCAUUUCAUGACAACACUUGUGGACGUAAACGCUUCUACAGUUUUACAUCAGGCAUCUGCAUCUGGACAAACAGAUAUGUGCUUGUACUUGAUCAAAACAUAUCCUGAAUUGUUAAAUCAAAACGUCCGAUGUGGUCAUCACUCACUCCAUAUUAUCGCCCGAUUUGGAAAGGUAGAAUGUUUCCGAUCAAUAGCCCUCCUAGCUCUAAAAGAUAAAUCAAAAACAGAAAGUGAGCAAUUCAUGGCGACACUUGUGGACGUAAACGCUUCUACAGUUUUACAUCACGCAUGUGAAACUGGACAAACAGAUAUGUGUAAGUACUUGAUCAGAGAAUAUCCUGAAUUAUUCAAUCAAAAAGACCGAUAUGGUCGUCACUCUCUCCAUUCAAUUGCACAAUCCGGCAAGGUAGAAUGUUUCCAAUCAGUUGUUGUUUUAGCCCUAAAAGAGAAAGCCAAGGCUGAGCAUGGAGAGCUAAUGAAGACCCUAACGAGUAAUGACGGCAAAUCAGUUUUACAUCAAGCUUGUGUAACAGGGAAUAUUGAUAUGUGUCUGUACCUGACUAAAGAAUUCCAGUCAUUAUUACACCAAAAGGGGCCUUUGGGUAGUCACUGUCUCCAUUUAACAGCAGCGUCAGGGGAUGUAAAUUGUUUUAAGUUAGUCACCCAAUUAGCUCUGUGGGCGAAGACGAAGGGGGAAAGCACGGGGGUCAUGGAAUCUUUAGCAGAUGACUACGGCCACACUGUUUUACAUCACGCUUGUGUGAAGGGACACACAGAAAUGUGUGUGUACCUUAUUAGUGAAUACCCGUCGUUGUUAUCGAAGAAAAAUCGAUAUGGUAGUCACUCUCUCCAUUUGGUGGCUAAAUCAGGUAAUGUAGAUUGUUUUAAAACAGUCAGUGGAUUACUUUUAAAGGAUAAAACCGAAUCAGAAAGGAUAUCGUUCCUGGAAACGCUGAUCAAUAAUAACGGUAAAACAGUUCUUCACAAAGCAUGUGUGAAGAGGAAAAGAGAAAUGUGUCUUUACUUGAUCAGAGAAAUGCCAUCAUUGUUAAACAAACUUAGUCGAAGUGGGAAGUACAGUCUAGAGUAUAUUCCACUGUUAGAAGAACGGCUAUCAUAUCUUUUUGAUGAAGGAAAACUCCUUUAAAUUCGAGAAAUAUACGUAUCAUAAACAAAGUACGUAAAUAUCGAAUCUCGCUUAAGGGAGGAUGACACAAUCAUACGAUUCUCAGUAAACCUAUAUAUAGAGAAUCCCCUAUACCGGUGUUAAGGUGUUGAUAAUGUACAUUACAAGGACACAAAGGGACAAUUUUAGUAAACCUGUGUAUAAUCAUCCCCCGUGUUUAGGAGUUGGUAAUGUACAUAACAAUAAAACAAUAGGACGAUUCAGAAAACUUGUGUAUAGAAACAAUCCCCUCGAUACCAGUGUUUAAGAGUUGGUAGUUAUACAUUACAUGACACGAUUGGAUGAUUCAGUAAAUCUGUGUAUAGAGAAUCUCAAUACUGGUGUUUAGGAGUUGGUAGUGUGCAUUGUACAUCACAAGGACAUAAAAUGACGGUUUUAGUCAUAUUGUAUAUAGAAAUAUCCCUUUUUUACCCACUUAUAUGCACACCAGGAUGUUUUUUU